UGGAAAUGAAUAAAAAAGAAAAUUAGGGAAGAGGGAAAAUGACAAAGGGUGGCUAAAUUUCUUGUCUUUUUUCUUCGUCUCUGUCAUGGUUGAUGUUUGACGGCCACGUUUAGCCAAAGAGGACUGGUGUGACUGGUAUGAGGAGGAAGCCGAGUGCAAACGGGGUCGGGUUGAGAUUACGGGUCAAGGCCCACGGUACCCAUUGGCCCAACAGAGAGUAACUGUUAAAACUGGGAAAAUCCGCGGGAGUGCAGUGAGGCUUUGAAGUUUUAAAGUUUCAAACUUUGGAGCAAUAACAGUUGCAGUGUAUUUGGAUUUGACAUAUAUUCAUACCAAACCCAGUCUGCCACUCUGCUCUGCCACAUUGUCUUUAUGGGGAGCACGAGCUUGGGACUUCAUCGAUGGCCUAUCUUAGCUCGUCAGCGAGUACUUCUUCCGCAAAGAUCUGCGCAACUACAACCAAAGUUUUAUUCUUUGUCCUGGGAGAGGUGUCAUAGAGGUGGCAUUGGCUUCGGGGCUUGCAGCAGUAAGUUAAAGAAGAGCAUUAGAGGUUGUGCCACCAAUGCAUUUGUUGUUGCUGAUGAUAAAAAGUAUGGGAACAAGCAGAUUAUCAGUAUUACUCCACGGCUUUACGAUUACAUCCUUGCCAAUGUACGAGAGCCAGAGAGUUUAUUUCAGGUUCUACGACAACUUAGGGAGGAGACUGCCUCCAUGCGUGGUAGUAUGAUGCAGGUGUCUCCUGACCAGGCACAACUGCUUGCAAUGCUUGUGCAAAUUCAUGGGGCAGAAAAGUGUAUUGAAGUUGGUGUAUAUACGGGUUAUUCAUCAUUGGCUAUUUCAUUGGUCCUUCCAGAAUCAGGUAGGUUAGUAGCUUGUGAAAGAGAUGCCAGAAGUCUUGAGGUUGCAAAAAAGUAUCAUGAAAAAGCCAAUGUUUCCCAUAAGGUGGAUAUUAGAUAUGGACUUGCAGCAGAUACCUUAAGGUCACUGAUUCUGAACGGUGAAGCAUGUAGCUAUGAUUUUGCAUUUGUUGAUGCUGACAAGAGAAUGUAUCCAGAAUACUUUGAAUUGUUGCUCCAACUCGUGAGGGUUGGGGGUCUAAUUGUGUUUGAUAAUGUCCUCUGGCAUGGAAAAGUUGCUGAUCCAGAGGUAAAUGAUGCCAAGACUGUCAGCAUUAGAAAUUUCAAUGCUGAUUUAAUGGAGGACAAGCGUGUAAGCAUUAGUAUGGUACCCAUCGGGGAUGGCAUGACAAUCUGUCGAAAAAGUUGACCUGAUCAUAACGGGAGGUUCAAGAAUUAAUCAGUUGUUGCUGCAUUGGAGUUGCAGUCACAUAUAUACUCAGUUCAAUGAACGAUCAAGAGAUGUUAUAUGAGAGGAAGAUUUGUGCUGCCUUUGACUCUGUCUUACUUUCUGCGCGUUUAGAACGUCUCCAUUAUGCUCCAUUACACUGAGCUUUUGCAGAAUUGUCUUGAAAAAUUGUAAGGCCAAGGUUCACAUGGUUUCAUCGUUUCAGUUCAGACUUACAUCAGUUAAGGAAUGCCUCAUCAGUUUGAGUAUUUGGUGGCCUACCAUUAUAAUCAUUGUAAUCUUGUAUUGUAAUUUU